GGUGGGGCUUUUGGGUCUUUAGGGCUUUUACUGGUAGCGUUGGUGAGCCUAAUUGAGUAGUUUGUUGGUGCUUGCUAGCUAGUCAGAGUACUUGUUUGUACAUUGGUGGUGUUUGUUUAAUUAGUACUAGACUAGUAGUAUGGGAAGGCAACCGUGUUGUGACAAACUUGGGGUAAAGAAAGGGCCAUGGACUGCUGAGGAGGACAAGAAGCUCAUCAGCUUUAUUAUCACCAAUGGCCAGUGUUGUUGGAGGGCUGUGCCUAAACUCGCUGGCCUUCGCCGGUGUGGUAAGAGUUGCAGGCUCCGUUGGACGAAUUAUCUCCGCCCCGACUUGAAGAGAGGCCUUCUCACUGAAGCUGAAGAACAGUUGGUUAUCGAUCUCCACGCUCGUCUUGGAAAUAGGUGGUCCAAGAUUGCAGGCAGAUUGCCAGGGAGAACAGAUAAUGAGAUCAAGAAUCAUUGGAACACCCAUAUCAAGAAAAAGCUGCUUAGGAUGGGAAUUGAUCCUGUCACACAUGAACCCCUUCACAAAGAAGAAGAGUUGCCGUCCAAUAUUAAGGGAACUAACUCAUCAUCAUCAUCUUCCCAUGAUCAUGAUGAUCAUAACAAUAAUUUGCCAGCUGAUCAGUCUACAAAUGAUCUUCACAAUUCACAAGAAAAUGAUCAAAGCGUGGUGAAUUCAUCAGGAUCGGAGGACAUAAACUCAUCAACCGAAAACUCCUCCACAGGCGCUGAAUCGGCGUUGUUAGACAACAUUUGCAAUGACGAUUCGUUAAUGAACAGCCUGUGGAUGGAUGAAACACCUCUGAUUGAUGCAUUGUGGAACGACAACAAUCAAGUAGAACUUGAUCAAGGAGGGAUCGAUUACAAUAUCAUUGAGAAUAAUGGAAUGGGAUUCCAAUCUAAUUGGGAGGACAAUUGUGCAUGGCUUUUGGACUGCCAAGACUUUGGUAUUCAUGAUUUUGGUAUGGAUUGCUUCAAUGAUGUGGAAGUAAAUGGUAACAAAACACUAGAGGUGGGGGGAAAAUUAAGCACUAAAAUAAAUUAAUUAAAUAGAAAGCAUGCAGUUAAUCUUUAUUAAUGUAUUAGUGAAGAGAGAGUAGUAGUCAAAAUUCAAAUGUGCUAACAUGUUACAAAGUACCAUGUCUGCUGCCUCACUUUUUAUUAAGUUCUUGGUGUUGAAUUUUAUCUAUUACGUUAUACAAUAUUCUUGGAAGGUCGAGGAUUAGACCCGCUUCUUAAGAGGUUUUCUCACCAACCAAAGAAACAGCGAUACCAAUUACCUAAUAAAAUGUACAUGUUGUGAUAUAUCUUACGUAAAAGUAUAUGUUAGGGAGUUGGAUAAUAUUGUAAAAGUAUUCGUAGUACUGCUGGGUUUUGCUAAGAUGAAACUUCUGUACAUCAAUUAUGUUCUUCAAUAUUUAUGCUGAAAUUAAAUAAAACAAAAGGUUAAUUUAUUACA